UUUUGUUAUUACGCUUUACUACGUUUAUGGAUACAGAAAUUAGUAACGAAUUUAAGUUCUCUUUCAAUUGCUGUCAAACACAAAACGAACUUUCAAUAUUUAAUCAGCGAUCUUGUUAUCUUACAUUUAAUAAUGAUCGAAACCUGCAAAGCGUUCAGAGACGGCUGUUAUCAUUUAAAUGAGGGUAUUCUAAAGCAAUAUUCGCGUUGUGUAAUGGUGAUGAGCCUCCCUAUUAUCAUAUAUAUACUACACGAUCGAUAUUUCGCAAAUUAUCGUUUUUUCUUGUAAUGUUCUUUACUUCGUAGAAUGUACGCAACUUUGCAUUGAAAGCAUUAUCUGCGCCCUCCUAUAGAAAUUAAUCCGCCAUUUACGAUUAAAAUGCGCAGGUUGCUCUUCCUUCUAUCGUUUUUGCUUAAACGCUCUCUUCUAUUUUAUAUGCAUCAAGGAGCUACGAUGUGUACUGUGUUUGUCGCGUCGUUUAUAAGUUUCAAUUGUUUGCAUCGGGCGAAUGUCUCCUUCGGUGUGAUAUAUUGAAUAUAGUAUAAAAUUAAGGAGUGAAAAAAUGUUGCAGUUAAUAUCCACGCAUACUUUAGAAAUGCUUUAAAGAAAAAAAGCUUUGAGAGCAAGCAACGGUCUUGAUAUUGACUUGCAAAGAAUUUUGUCUUUUUUUGUUUUUUUUUUGUUUUACGCUGACAAUGAAGAACAUCCUUCGCAACCUUAAUUAAGUAUUUGCGGUUAGGCGAAAUUACAUUUAUCGCACAAGAGCUCGCGACAUGAAAGUGUAAAUAAUUUCAUGAAUAAAAAUUAUAUUUUUUAAUAUUUAAAUAAGCAAAAAGCUCAUCAUCUAAUCAGCUGAUUGAAAAAUUGAAUGAGAAGCCAAAGCAAAAUGUAAACAAGCAACAAUUGAGAGAAAGAGAGAAACAGAUAGACGAUAUCUGUGUGUAAGUGAGUUUUACAAUCUAUAAUGUUUUGAAAAAGUGAGAGAAGAAAACUUCAUUCAAUUUAAAUAGAAAAUCGGGCAAUCAAACAGAAUAAAAUAUGAUAAAUAAUAUUAAUAGAAUGGAAGUGCUAAAGCCAAAAACGUUUCCAGCGGAUAAAUGUAAUAUCUCGACAAUUCGAAUGUUGCCGCAAUCGCAGACGAGAGCGUUUACAAAUUAUGCGAAUGUUGCGAUCGCUAAUGCAACAAAUACCGCUCAAUUGAUAACGGUUAGCGGUAGCGAACAAUUUAAAACGGAUCGCCAGGAACGCGUUAAAGUACAACAUUUAGCUAAUCAUACAAAACUACAAAACAAUUGCUGGAACAAUUUUCGUACCUUAUAUAACAAUUUAAGUGCCUCAACUGUUGAUAGAGAAGAGAGCCGAGAUAAUGACGAUACAUUUGGUAAAUGGAAUACAAAAUUUCCGGAUGAGAAACUUAAUGUUAGAAGUCUUAAUCCCAUAUCUAAUAAUAGCAACAACAAUAACCAAUGCAAACCUGUAGAUUUGGAAAGUGCCUUAAAAUUAGAUAUUAGUGCUAAUGCUUUUCGAGAAAAUAAUAAUAAUAAUAACAAUAACAACAAUAAUAAUAAUAAUAAUAAUAAUAAUAAUAAUAUAAACAAAACCAAUAAUAAUUUGUAUCCUGUACAAACCGAUAUCCUUGCUAAGAAUAAUAGCAGCAGCAAUGCUAAUAAAAUAGAAUCGAGUAAGAAAAUCACUGCAACAAUAACCCAACGUACCGAGGACCAAGAACAUGCCUUCCGUCGCAUAGAGAGUGUACACAAUUAUGCCAAAUUGAAGCCAUACGACGACGAUGACAUGCCUUCGCCAAAUGCAAGCGGAGAGAGUAGCAUCCAAGACGAUGAUGACGAUGUUGAUGAUGACGACGACGACGACGAGGAGGAUUAUGGUAAUAAUGACGAUCUCAUUGAUAAUAUAAUGCAGAAUGGACAAGUCGAUGAUAUGGUAGAUAUCGAUACCGAUUAUGAGCAUUACUAUAAUAAAAGAAAACAGAAGCUAAAUGAUAGUGCAACGGAACGUCUACACAACUAUCACUUUGCUCAAAAUACUAUUCAAGCACAGAAAAUACAAUCGACUGAGGAUAGUGAUUUACAUAUUGAUGUUGAUAUCGAGACAGUAGAAACGCCAAACGUGUCCCAUGAAAAUGGAGCUAAUUUCACAACUAGCAGUAAACCGGAUCAUCAUGCCCGUCGUCCAAUGAACGCAUUUCUAAUAUUUUGCAAGCGUCAUCGGGCUAUAGUAAAAGAACGCUAUAAGAAUUUAGAAAACAGGGCCAUAACAAAAAUUCUUGGGGACUGGUGGGCCUCCUUGGAUGCCAACGAUAAGAAAUAUUUUACAAACUUAGCUCAACAGAAUAAAGACGCUUUUUUCUCAGCCAAUCCCAAUUUUAAAUGGUAUAAACUGCCCGCACCUCCUUUACGUACUCUAAACACACGGCCAACACAUAUUGCUACCAAUGAAGAAAUUGUUGACGCGUUGGAUCAAAAUACAAUACGUAACAAUGUUAAUUAUUUCAAGUUAGCUGACGAAGCACAAAUGGGUGAAUUAAGCUCAUUACUGCAAGAGAAACACAAAAGCAAACAGUGUGCUUUACAACAAGCUCUCGGUGAGACUACACAAUUUUUAACCACUCACAUACCCGGUAACAUGGAAAUGGUUGAGGAGAAGCAUCUUAAAAGACGUCUCUACAGCGAGAAUAGCUUUUCCAGCAAUAGCAGUGAAGAGGAUGGUGUAGUGCCGAAAAAGAAAAGUGCCAGAUCAUGCAAGGGUAAAAUAUAUCAGGAACUAAUUAACUCAGGUCAGAUUGCACCUUUAGUAAAAAAAUCAAAGUCAUCCGUACGCUUAGCAGAAACACUACUGCAAGAUGGUAGUGGUAAACAAAGUUCUCUUGUUAGAGAGGUGGACAUGGAUAGAGAAGCUCUCCUUGGAAUUGGACAAAGUCGUUCCUUAUCCGAAACGGAAAACGUGCUGCCUUGUGAUAUUGGAAAUUUUGAUUUAGAAGAGAAAAUCAAAGAACUGCCCGCCUUAAGUUUGGAUGAUUAUUUACAACGUAAACGUAAUACAAAAAAGAAAAAGAAAUUUUCAACGAACAAUAAAAAACGUAAUAAUAAAGGCAACAAUGAUAAUUUGUAUAUAAAUAUGAAAUCGCCUAAGCCGGUUUCGCAGCCUACUACUCCUACUAAGUGCAACAGUUCGCAGUUUUUACACCACCAACAACAACCACAACAGCAGCAGCAGCAGCGGCAACAAUCACAGCAAUCGCAGCAUUAUCAGCAACAGCAAAAUCAACAGAAACAACAGCACGCAACUGCUGUCGCAGUGGUAGGCAGUCAAAAACGUAAAGCCCGGAAAGAGAGCAUAACUAGACGUGAUGUAAGCGCCAUAGAAAAUGAAGUUGCCUCCGUGCUAACUAUAAAUGGUUGUUGUUAUUUGCAAGAGACCCCGCUCGCCAUAACUUAUAAUGGAUCUUGUGAAAAAGACAUUAAUAUGACAGACAAUAAAUGUGCCGAUGUUACUGCAUUAAAUUUGGCAUCGUGUCCGUCACCAUUGAAUCAAAGAUCUGUCGAAAUUUUAAAUAAUUUAAACGACAAUAUAUCGUCUACCUCAGAUCUACUCAUACUGGCUGAAGUAGCUGCCAAUCGCACUGAAUUAAAUCGUUAAUCAUAUAUUUACCAUAUCUCAAUACUUUGCAGUUUUAAUUCUUCCAAAAUUGCACGUUUAUACAAUAUACGUAGAGAGAGUUUUUCCUUUAGUUACCUUUUUCUUCUACUUCUUAAUUUUUUUUUUUUUUUUUUCUUUUUUUGUUAUUCUCUUUAAUCCUUAAUAAUUAGGAAUAAUUUAAAAGUCAAGAAUGAAAACAUUGGUGGAAUACAUUGACAUGUAUUUAAAAGAUAUAAUGAGCUUUUCUUUUUUUUUUUUAUCAAUGUGUUAUCCGUAGAUUUUGUUAUAAUUAUUAAAAAAUUCGUUGAAGAUCGAUUUGAAUCUAUUUUUUUUUUUUUUUUUUUUGUGUUUUCAGGGCUGUGAUCAAAAAUCUUAAGUCAUGUAAUACAUAGUAUCAAUUUUUACCUUUAGGCAUUUGUAUUUAAAACCCAAUUCAAGUGACUGCCCUAACACUCUCGAAUUCUCUUCAAACUCCAUUGUUUUCUUAAUUUUUUUUUGUAUAAUUUUGAU